GGGCGGUGGCUGCGCGCGUGCGCCGAAAAGAGCUGAGGGGCAGGCGCACCGUGGCGGGCCUGGCUUAAGCGAUUUCAGACAAGAUGCAGGACCCCAAUGCAGACACUGAGUGGAAUGACAUCUUACGCAAAAAGGGCAUCUUGCCCUCAAAGGAAAGUUUGAAAGACCUGGAAAAGGAGGCAGAAGAGGAGGAACAGCGAGUCCUUCAGCAGUCAGUUGUGAAAACAUAUGAAGAUAUGACUUUGGAAGAGCUGGAAGAAAAUGAAGACGAGUUUAAUGAGGAAGAUGAACGUGCUAUUGAAAUGUACAGGCAGCAAAGACUGGCUGAGUGGAAAGCAACUCAACUAAAGAAUAAAUUUGGAGAAGUUUUGGAGAUCUCAGGAAAGGAUUAUGUUCAAGAAGUUACUAAAGCCGGUGAGGGCUUGUGGGUAAUCUUGCACCUUUACAAACAAGGGAUUCCCCUCUGUGCCCUCAUAAAUCAGCACUUCAGUGGACUUGCCAGGAAGUUUCCUGAUGUCAAAUUUAUCAAAGCCAUUUCAACAACCUGCAUACCUAAUUAUCCUGAUAGGAAUCUGCCUACGAUAUUUGUUUACCUUGAAGGAGAUAUCAAGGCUCAAUUUAUUGGACCUCUGGUGUUUGGUGGCAUGAACCUGACAAUAGAUGAGUUGGAGUGGAAACUGUCAGAAUCUGGAGCAAUCAAGACAGAUCUGGAGGAAAACCCUAAGAAACCAAUUGAAGAUACUUUGCUAUCCUCGGUGCGGUGCUCUAUCCCCACAAGAAGGAACAGUGAUUCUGAGGAUGACUAAGACUAUGGCCUCGGAGCAGCUGACACAUUUCCUGAUAAUGUCACCUGGCCAUUGCCAAAGAAAACCUCAACCAUUCUAGCUUUCUACUCACCACUUUCACCUUGCUUGAUAAAACAGAAGAACAAUAUAGAUGCUCUACCUCUACUUUAUCAGUGUUGCCUUUCAGUGAUGUCAUGAAUUAGACUUUAGGGACUUUGCAUUUCCAGUGUGUGAAGGAGUAGAUACUCUGAAUAACCUGAUAAUAACUCAAAAUGUUGGAUAAUUUUUUUUAAUGUUCUUAAAUUGUUGCUGAACUGGCAAGAAAGGAAAGCAUUCUCAGAGGUCAAAAGCAGUUUGAAUUCUCAUGUUACAUGAUGUCUAAAAACUUCUCAAAGCAAGUUCUUAAAGUCAUCUUAAGCUGGUAAUGCCCCUGAGCUCAUGGCUAAAGCAACUGCAUAUCCACGCUGUAAGAACAGAGCUUUAAUGUAGUCCUCAGACACUCUUUAUAGAUAAAGCUCCAAAGGAACGUGAGCUCAUAGUCCUAAAUCACAAACCCACAAAAUCACGGGAUGCCUCAAAUAAGGUAUCCUGAAUGAGAGCCAGCGGAAAACAUAGUACAGUCAGACCUGCAAAAACUUAGGAUAGUGGAAUUUUCAGAUAUAAGAUAUAAAAUGAAUAUAUUUAAUAUGUGUUUAAUAAGAGUAAGGAAUAAGAAUUCUUUAUAUAAAAAUAAAUCCCUUGUCAACCUAUGGAAGAGAGAACGAACCAGAAAAUAGAGCCAAAUGAUUACUCAGUAGAUAACACACAAAGAUAAAUAGAUAGAAAUAUAAAAAUUAGGAAAGCAAUGUGGAGGAGAGACUGAGAAGUUCUAGCAUAAUCUUAAAAAGAGUUUUAGAAAGAAUUGGAAAUUGGUAAUAUUUGAGAAGAUAAAGACAUUUUCUAGAACCAAUGAAAGACAUGAGCCUUCAGAUUCAGAAAGCUGUAUAAGUCCUAAGCGAGUUACUGUGUGUGUGUGUGUAAAACUGCAGAAUGUUGAAUUUGUGCAAGUAGUCAGAAAAGUCAUUACCCAAAACAGAGUAAUGGUAGGGCUUACUGACUUCUCAGCAGCAAGGAAAGCCAGAAAGAUGGCCAGUAUCAGUGGUUGAAGAAAAACAAAAACUACUAACCAAGAAUCAAUACCCAGUGAAUCUAUAUUUUUGGAAGUGAGGAUUAAUAGACAUUUCCAACAGAAUGAGUAGUUUUGUCAUCAGUAGACUCUCAGUUUAGAAGAUGAGUGAUGCAGAAGGACCACCAUCUGUUGAAAGGUCUGAAGUUCAAGAAAGGAUCGUGACCAAAAAAAUAUGGGUAAAUCUGAAUGAACAUUGACUUACAACAGUACAAAUAAUGCCUUAUUUAUGAUAUUAAAAGCAAGAUGGAUCUAAAAAACAAGACAAAAUAGGGUACACGUUGAAGGCUUAAUUGGAGUUCAAAUGUUCUUAGACCCUUAAAAAGUAGAUUUAGGAGGUUGGCAAAGAUACACAUGUAAGAAAUAUUUCAUUCAAGGUAACAAUAAAAGAAAAUGAGUGUGUAACUUUUAAAGUAGUGGGGGCAUGGAGGGUGGGAACCUCUUAAUUUAAAAGAAGACCAAAAACAAAACAAAAAACCAAAAGGCAAAACCAUAGGAAGUCCAAAAUGCUGGAAACCUAACACAGUAAUCACAAUAAAUGUAAAUGAACUAUAAUAGUCUUAUCCAGAAGUCAUGCUUGUAGGUACUUAACCAACUGAUGUGAAACAUAUGCAUACAGAGACGUGCACACAGAUGUUGCUAACAGCUAAUUUAUAAUCACCAAAACAACCAAAAUGUCUAUCAAUAGAUGAAUGGAUAAACCAACUGUGCUAUGUUGACAGAAUGGAAUGUUCAGCAUUACAAAGAAAUGAGCUAUCAAGCCACAGAAAACAUGGAUGCUAACUGAAUUAAACCAUUCUGAAAAAGCUGUA